AUGACGGAGUACGAGACCUGUAUCUUCGGUAUUGAAGUUGUGAUUGACCUUAGGAUCAAAAUCCUUGAAGUUUAUGGAGAUCCAGCCUUGGUCAUUAUCCAAGUCAAAGGAGAUUGGGACACUAGAGAUCACAAGCUCAUCCCUUACAAGGAGCGUGUCUUGAAACUAAUCCCUUACUUUGAUGAGAUCAUAUUCCAUCACAUUCCUCGAGAAGAUAAUCAACUAGCUAACACCUUUGUAACUUUGGCAUCCAUGUUUAAGGUCAAGUUAAAGUAUGAAUCACCAUCCUUUCACCUCAACUACUUGGACGAGCCUGCUUACUUUUUGGCGGCCGAAGGCGAAGCCGAUGGUUAUCCUUGGUUCUAUGACAUCAUGAGAUACCUAGAGUGCCAAGAAUAUCCAAAGGAUGCAUCCAUUACCAACAAGAAGUACCUUCGGAAACUAUCUUCCAAGUUCUUCUUAAGUGGAGGGGUAUUGUACAAGAGAAAUUAUGAUUCAGUUUUGAUAAGAUGUGUAAACAAGCAAGAAAUAAACCAAAUCAUAAUGGAAAUCAAUGAGGGAUCUUUUGGAAUGCAUGCCAGUGGACAUACCAUGGUGAAAAAGAUCUUGAGGUCGGUCAUUAUUGGAUGA